UUAUCGUGGGUUAUCAUGGUUAUUAUAUAGGCAAUCGCUGGCCUGGUUAUCGUGGGUUAUCAUGGCACUCGCUGGCCUGGUUAUCGUGGGCUAUCAUGGUUAUCAUGGGGUAUCAUCUUUACCCUGGGUUAUCAUAUGGGCAUUCAACAGCCCGGGUAUCAUGGUUAUCGGUAUCAUGGUUAUCGGUAUCUCCAUCGUUUUGGUGUUGAUAUUGGCGGUUAUGGUUAUGGUUAUGUCCGUGACAUCGUUGACACCACAGGUUAUGGUUAUAUCCAUGAUAUCGUUGAUAUCAUGGGGUUAUGGUUUUGUUAUGGUUAUGGUUAUACCCGCGAUAUCAUUGACACCACAGGUUUAUGGGUAUGAGUAUGGUUAUGGUCUUGUGAAAUCUGACCUCCGGAUCCACGGCAUUUUCGAUAUUGGUAUUGUGGAAGGUGUAAAGCUUGUGUGA